AUGACUACGUUAGAUGAUGAUGAUGACCAAAGCUUUCAUGCUACGCGUGACGGCUACUGCCAUUUGAGCGAUGUUGAAUGGGAUGCGGUUGAACGGAUGGGUUCAACCAUGGGCAUCCAUGCUGUUAGCGUCAUGCUAGAGGCUCUCAAUAGAGAUGCCCAACAUGCUACUAUCGCCAAGUUCAUUCAAAAUGAACUUGACGCUGAGCGCGAGAAAGUAGCCUUGCUUCACCAACAAGGUUCUCAACAAGCAGAGUUGUUGAGAGAACAGGGUGCUCAACAGUUUGAACUGUUGAGACAGCAGCAGGCUGCUGCUGGUGGGUCGAUGCACUCGCGUCGACCCGAGACCUUGUAG